AGCCUGGACAAUCAUCCAUCCAAUCAAUGGCACGUAUGCUACAGGCGGCAGUUGGGCCACCAUCAAAUAUGUAGAAAAAAAGCCUUCAAAUAAAUUCAUUAUUUAGAUGUGUCAAUUGUUUACAAAAUUUUGAAGAAUCAACACCCAUAGACAAAAACGUACAAAUUAAAAAUCUAAGAUAGAUAGAUAGACAACCAGACACACUUGCGGUCGACAUACCUGUAGGCAUGAAAAAGACAUUAAACAGAGAGCAAGCACUAAUAAAGUAAGUUUAUCUGUCAUUGUUUUUGAGUUGUUGUCUGGACUCUAUCAAAAGAAAAACAUAUCUCUGAUUUGCUUGGUGUGUGUUGAUUGAAUUCAGGUCAUUUGUACACAUUAAUCAGCUGCCCAAUAAUGUUAAGUACAUACUUAUAUGAAACAAUAUAUACAUAUAUGUAUAAUAUAUAAUAUAUAUACACACACAUUAAAUAAUAAGCAUCAUUAUUUUCCAGGUCAAGUUAGUAUAUGGUUGAAAAAUUAUUGUUGUGUUGACAUGUGUCAUGAGUCAUCAUCUUCAGCAUCAAAUGCAAUCACAACUUUUAACAACACCAUUAACGGACAGAUCGAAUACUAUUGUUACGCAAUCAUUGGAUACUGAUAUAAUUAUGGGAAAUACAAUGCCAUCAUCGUUUCUUGAAAUGAACUUGUCAUCAACAACAAAUGGUUUAUCGAAUGAUAUAGAGGUGAAUCGUUCUACUCGUAACAGUUUAACAGAUGACAGUAAUCCUAAUAAUAACAAUAGUUCACAAUGUAAAUCACCACUUUGGCUACCACCAGUAACACCGUAUACACUACUUGGCUUAUUAAAACCUCAUUUAACACAAUCAGGUUUAUUGCCAAAUCCAAAUCAUCCUAGUCAACCGGUUGCCCCACCUGCUCCACCUGCGCCUCCGCCUCCCAAUGCAUUUCCAAUUGCACCUUCUGCCCAACAUAAUUCUAUGCAACAAACAAAUCCUGGAACGACAAUGCUAAGUACAAAAUUAUGUGAAGAUUCAAUAAUGGGACAACAGAGUAAUCUGAAAUCAUCACAACAUCACAUUUCAUCAAUGUCUUCUACAUAUCUUUCCGAGCUUUUAAAUCAUCAAUCACAAACAAAUUGUGGGAAGAAUUCAGUGCAUGCUUUAUAUGAGAAAAUAUUAAUCGGUGAACUGGACCAACUGCAUAGAUCCCUUGAACAACGAUGUCUCCUGUCGAAUACAUUUGAUUCUAAUAAUCUGUCAGUCUUAUGUACAGAAGAUGGACGCGAGAAUACGAAUACAACGAUGACAGGAUCAGGAGCAAUGACAUCAGUUGGACUGAAAUCUGGUAGUCAAGCUCUUGGUACAAAUCUACCAGCGUUGACUACAGAUCCAGCGAGAGCAUUACUUAUCGCUGGACAAGUUUGUGAUUGGCCAGGUUGUGGAGCUGUCCUUGGACCAGAUACUUCUUUUAUUGAACAUUUGAAUAGGACUCAUCAAUUAUCGCUACAAGCACUUGCUCAAGUAGAAGUAUGCGCAUCACGUUUAGAGUUGUACUUAAGAACAGUACGUAAGGAAUCCCAACGUUUAAAUGCAAUGGUUCGACAUUUAGUUAGUCGAGCACGUAGUACUACUUCGUCUUGUUCUUCUCCCUUCGAUUGGCCAUCUGUUGGUUCAACUAGUGUUGUUGCUUCUACUGGAAACAAUCCUACUGUCUCUACAUGUGUGCCAAGGUGUACCGCUAAUGUUCAAUCGAUGCUUCCACUAGGUGCAUUUAAUUGGAGCACAAAUAAUGGACAUUUAGAUGCCACAAUCAACUCUAUGGCAAAUGGGACAAUGGAAUUAACUGAGAAGUCAGAUAUAGAAUCAUCCUCAUUAUAUGAAACACAAAAUCAAAGUUUAAAUCCAGUUUAUCGUGGUGAUGGUCUUUUACAAUGUAGUCCAGUGUGUACUACAGCAACUAGUACAGCUGAAUCAUGGUGUACAGAUCAAAUGCUUGUUUCAGAUUGUGCGAUGUCUAUGCUACGUGAUUUACCUUUACAUCAUAGACGAAGCGCAGUGCAUGCACUGGCAUCACGUUGGUCAACUUCAGGUCCUUCAGGGUUAGAUACUUUUGCAUCGAAUGCAUUGACAAGUCAAAUAUCAAAUAACAAUAAUUUAUCCCCUACUCUACCGGUAUUCCCAACUAAUCCUAAUGAUUGUACAUCAGCCUCAUCACCACCAUCAGCAACAUUGAAUUCAACAGAAAAGUUACCUGUUCAACCAUCAUCGAAUUCAUGUCAUCCAGCAUUAAUAGCUAGUGCAGCUGCAGCCUUGUUAUCGAGUGUUUCAAGUCUACAGAAUCAAAUUACCGGUAUGUCAACACAUCCUGCUGCUCCAGCUGCUGGUGGUGUUGGUGGCCAUCAAAUACCAACAACAAUAACAACAACAGACCAGUCAGCAUCCUCUAAUCCUGCUGCUGCUGUUAUGGCAGUUGCUGCGGCUGCAGCUGUUGCUGCUUCCGGUUUAUCCAAUUCUCCACCUAUCUCUUGGCUUCCAAGAACUACGAACAGUAGUGGAGGUGGUGGUGGUGGUGGUGCGACGGCAUUUUUCGACUCUUCUCCCCCGACAAAUCUCAUAACACCAUUUGAUAAAACAGCAAAACAACGUAGAUUCGAUACAAGACCAGAGGAAGUAAGCAGUUUACUAACAAGUGCAACAACAACACCUGCACCUACGCCUACAUCUGCAUUACCAAUACCGCCAACAGUUCCUCUACCAGCAAUGAAGUUACCCAGUGGAACAAAGAGUAGAGAUCAGGCUAAAUUAUCUUUAAAUCAUGAAUUGUCUGGUGGGGAGUUAGAAAAACAGAAUAAAACAACUGACAGUUUGGAAAAAGCCUCUGUUCAUUGCAAUUUACCAGAAGCUAUGGAUACUGACACUUCAAGAACCUGUGACAAUUCUCAUUAUUCUUCCUCACUACCUUCAGUCGGUGGAUUAUCUUCUUCUUCGUCGACGUCAUCAUCAUCAUCAACAUCAUUAGCAGCAGUUGGAGCAGGAGGAGGAGGCUCAACAGGAACAAUAACAACAGCGAUAACAAUAAUUCCAUCUUCAAUAACAGGAUCAAUUAGCAAUACAACAUUAGUAACAACAGCAUUACCGUCAUCCACGUCAUCAUCAGUAUCAGUAUGUUCACCAACAAUUACAACAGCUGUUGUUACUACUACAACAUCAACAUCGUCGACUAAUACUACUAGUACUACAACGAAUACAUCAUUAACUCAAAGACAGUAUUAUCGAUCACAUUGUGCACGUCCAAGAUUUACAUAUGCUACUCUAAUACGUCAAGCAAUAUUAGAAUCACCAGGUCAACAAUUAUCAUUAAGUGCUAUUUAUGUUUGGCUACAAAGAGAAUUUGCCUAUUUUCGACAGAACGAAGCAACGUGGAAAACGUUGGUAUCCCAAUAGCAGUGGAGGAAAACAUCAAGGUUCGGUGAAAUCUGCACGAGUUGAAGCUGUAGCUACAACGGUGAUGCAUCAAAGAGCACACUGACACCCCCUUCACACCCAAUGCAACAAACACAACCAUCAGUAAUAACAACCACAGACACAAUGAUGCUUGUCGAUAUGCAUUCUGCAUCCUUGUCUUCACCAGCUCAUUCAUUAACAACUACAACAGAAUCGAAUAAUCCAUCCAACUCGUCACCGAAAUCAGGCUUCUCUCCAGAAGUAACUACAUCACUUCGCGGAGUUGUCUCGAGUUCGGGGACAACUCCAUC